AUGUCGCUGGCCACAACAAAUCCACCCGGUGACGAGUCAGAUCGUGUUCAAAGAAGGCUUCGCUCCAACCAAAGUGCCUUUGCGGAGCCGUGGAGUGGGUUAGCCUCAUCCACCCCCAGAGGAAGAAGGUAUUCCGUGAGCAGGCCAAGAUUAGAAGUGCCCGCAGAGACUUGGAGCACAACAUCCAGCGAGAGGUUCCACGCACGCAGACGAAGUGGAAGCUCUGCGUCUCCCAUUGAGAGCGACCGGCGUACUGUUGUUACUGUCGAGGAUCCUCUGUCUGAUAGCGACUCAGCUUACGAUAGAGACAAUGAUACAGAUAAGGAACAGAAUGCCGACGAACGGCCAGCAAUAGCCACUGCCGGGGAGUUGCUGUCUAAUGCAGGGGAGUGGGAAACGUUGAAUGACGACCUAGUCCAAACAUCUUUCUCAAGUCUCCGAAAUGUGACAAGAGAGCAUCAUCAGGUCCCAGACAUGGUAAAAAGCCAGGACUAUCUCAAGAUCAAAAGAGUUCAACAGGAAUUGAGAUCUUCACACAUCCACUCUCAGCACAAGACCCAAGGAUGGUUCAUCCCAUACGACAAGCUACGGGCUAUUCUCACGAGAAGGCGUGUUCGCAGCAUACUCCUCCAGACAGCGACAUUCCAAACGACACCAUCAGAGAUACUUGACAUGAUAGCUCGCAGUAUUUGUACCAGGAUACGCAAGCAGAAUGGUCGCAGGACGGGAUACAUUAGGAUUUUUGCCAUCCUCGUUCUGAUAGACCAGGUCAGAUACAUUGUGGACUUUUUGAACGAGCUCAUCACUGACGCCGACUUGCCGCUACGGCCGUCGCCAUAUCACCCUCUGGGCAGCAACUUGGUCAUGAGGAACUCUGACGACGACGACGUUGAUUCCGUCUUGAUUUGUUUUGAAGACUGGAAACCGGAAGACAUGGACAACUUCAUUGGUCAGCAAGAGAAACUCAUUUCGCCGCGUUUCCGCAUGAGAGGAGAUCAAUUGUGUCUCCAUCGCCUUCCAAGUAACACCAUACUCCCAUUCGUGGAAUGCGGCCGCAAAGCCUAUCUUGGUGGUUUUGGCAGAGUCUCGAAAGUCAAGAUCCAUCCAGCGCAUUGCGACUUUGAUCCCAGAACCCUUCCACACGCUUCAUCACUAUAUGGCCCUAGCUACGAGUCCCGAGAGCACAGGCAUGUCGAGCACGAAUUUGCUCUAAAGGAGAUCCAAUCCGAUGACUACACCCUGUUUAGAGCCGAAAUCGGUGUCCAUGAGAAAUUCAGCGCUUCUAGAAAAGGUCAUGAACAUCUCAUCAGACUCCUCGCGGCAAUCGAGCAUGGUACGAGUUACUAUCUUCUCUUUCCCUGGGCUCAGGGAACGCUGGUGGACUUGUGGCAGCGCUUCGAAGCCUCACCCGACUCUCCCGACCACGUCGAGUGGUUGAUUAAACAGUGUCUUGGCAUCGCGGACGGCCUGCAGAGGAUCCAUUUGUACAGAUCUUCCUUGAAGCGCAAUGACCAGGAUCGCGAACGUUCAUUGAGCAAGAACAAGGGAACUCAUGGUGAUGUCAAGGCAGAGAACAUCUUGUUCUUUGAUCCCCCCGGAAAGGACACACUUCUCGGCAACAAGCAUCUCGUCGUGUCAGACUUUGGACUGACAAGGUUCCGCGAAGCGAGCCAGGCAUCGGAUCCACAUGGCUUUUCAAGGACCUAUCGAGCUCCAGAGCUUGACAUGCAGCAUGCAACCUCACGCAAGUACGAUGUUUGGAGUCUCGGAUGCCUCUUUCUUGAGUUCACCUCGUGGUUCCUUCUAGGCUUCCACGCGACACGCUCACGAUUGAACGCCGAGAGUGGCUCUUUCAAAAGCUUUGUAGACGUCCGGAUCGAAAACGAUGAACCCUACGGGACGCCCUUCAAGGAGGACAAGUUCUUCAAUCUGAUACAAGCUCCAGGGAUUGGCAAUAUUCGUGCAGUGGUCAAGCCAUCUGUGCUUGAAUGGAUGAACAAACUUCGCCAGAUGAACGAGUGCUCGGAACCCAUCAGAAGCUUCAUAGAUAUGAUCGAGUUUGAAAUGCUUGUGCCAGACAAGCAGGACAGAAUGUCCAUGGUCGAAAUACGUGAUGGUCUGAGAAGGAUCUACAAUCAAUGCAGGCCCUCUGAAGGAGUUUCAAUAUCGGACGUGCUCCUUUAUACAGACCAGGCCAACAAUCACAGGCAACCUGAGAUUAACCAUGUGAUAGACAGCUCCUUCGAACCACAAUCACCACUCAACGGUGGUAAGCAUGAACCAGCUUCGGAGAUGAACGUUUCGGAAGCUUCUUCUCCAAUCGACCACUCCCAGAAACUUAUUGAAGAACUUGAGAGAAUUCACGAGGCCAGUAUGGGACAGCUCGACGCAGAUGAGACGGCAACCCAAAGCUCCACCAAUGCCGUACCCUACCCUCCAUAUCAACAGCAGCCCAUGUCCUGCCACAGCCAAUACCAUGAUACUAAAGACAUGGAUAUUCCCCAAUGCCGAGGCGCAGAUGGGCUUGAACCAGGGCCAAGCUCGAUUCCAAGUCUUCAUCAUCUCUCGACUCCAACCUCUCGAAGGGGUCCUUCUGGCAUGAUUAUCUUUACCAGUCCCAAUAACAAGGAUGCCUUGCCAUACAUUACCGAGAUAGCACCCUCUGCCGAAGUCUCGAGAAGAAAUACGCAAGAGUCCCUUACCUUGGCCGGUUCUGACGUUGAUGGAGACGAUAUUGUACGCCCUGGCUUGCCAUCGUGUCAGGAGAGGGGCGAAAUUGAUCCCAGGCAGUCGUAUGAAAACACACCUCUGCUUCCGUCGUUGCAUGAGACUCUUCAGCAAGAUGGAUCGCGGGUCGCGGUCCGAGGACCCAGAGGUCCAAUUUUGGACAGAGAUGCCAAUGGAUAUAAGCAGGUAGCAGCCGGUGGCUCAUCUUGGUUGCUUCGCAUAUUUUGUGGUUGUUAUAUGGAACGGCGACGCUCGUAA